ACAGAUAAGUCGUCCUUUCCUAAUCCGCAAAAAACGGACCAAAGAUCUGAUAUCAGGAUUAGAUGGCCUCGCUGCUUCACUCUGUUUCCUUUCUUGAUUGCUCUGAUUCGUCCCAUGGCCCAGCCGCAGCUGUCGCCGGAGGAGGAGGAGCAGGAGUGCUCCCGAGCGUUCCAGCUCUCCUGCGCCGCUGUCCUUCCCAUGGUUCUCAAGACGGCCAUCGAGCUCGGCCUCCUCGAGAUGCUGGUCCAAGCCGGACCGACGGCCUCGCUGAGCUCUGAGGAGCUCGCCGCCCGCUUGCCGACCACCAAUCCGUCGGCCGCGGACAUGGUCGAGCGCAUCCUCCGCCUGCUCGCUGCGAACGAUGUAGUCCACUGCCGUGCGGACGGCGGCCGCCGGAAGUACUCCGCCGCGCCCAUUUGCAAGUACUUGGUCCAAAACGACGACGACGGCACGGUGGCCAAUAUAGUUCUGCUUCAUCAAGAUCAAGUCAUGAUCGAAAUGUGGCGGUUCCGUUCAACAAACUUUACAAAGCGCUAUUUGACGGACUCCAUCUUGAACGGCGGCCACCCGGUGAUGGCGGCGCACGGCAUGACGACGUUCGAGUACCAAGGCGGCGACAGGCGGUUCAACAAGGUGUUCAACGACGCGAUGAAGGGCGUCUCCACGCUCGUGAUGAACAACAUACUGCGCCGCUACGAUGGCUUCGCCGACGUGCAGGUGCUCGUCGACGUCGGCGGAAACACCGGCAGCAAUCUCCGGCUCAUCACCUCCUUCUACCCCCAAGUCCACGGCAUCAACUUCGACCUCCCUCACGUCGUCGCUGACGCGCCGGCCCUCACCCGAGUGGAGCACCGCGGCGGAGACAUGUUCGAAGCCGUUCCCGCCGGCGACGCCAUCAUGUUAAAGUGGAUUCUUCAUGAUUGGAGCGACGAGCACUGCGUGAAGAUACUAAAGAACUGCUGGAAGGCGCUGCCGGCAGAGAAAGGCAGAGUGGUGGUUGUGGAGUACGUUCUUCCAGCAGUGCCAGAGGCGACGCCGGAAGCCAAAUCCAUUUUCCAGUUGGACCUGUGCAUGGCGGCCUACAACGUGGGCGGAAAAGAGAGAACAGAGGAGGAGUUCAGGGCCCUGGCGAAGGAAGCAGGUUUCCAUGGAUUCAACGCCCUUCCUGUGUUCGCCGGCACUUGGCUAUUGGAGUUCAUCAAGUAGCUAGAUUAGUUAUUGCUUUCGAACAAGAAUUCCAUGGAUUAUCAUGAGUGUUUAAGAAAUGGAUUUGGGGGAUUUAAUAUUUGCUAAAAUAGUUUGUUUUGAACAUUUAA